AUGUCUUCCACUCUCCUCGAAAACAUCAAGAAGACCACCGAGGCGUUCUUUGCAAGCUACGACACGCUGAACGCUGACGAGAUCCUGGAGCAUUGGGCGGACAACUGUGUCCACAAGAUUCGACCUGAUUCCUUGGGACGACAGAAGAGAAACAAGGAAGAGUACCGCGCCUAUGUCAACAGCAUGGCUUGGGCUAUGAAGGAAUUCAAGUACACACCCGACCGCGACACAUUGACCUACGACGUCGAGAAUCGCCGCUCGGCAUUCUACGCUACAGGUGCAGGGGAGACACCCAUCGGUCACUUCACCAACGAAUACUCUUUUUUCCUUUCGUUCGACGAGAGCGGCAAGAAGUUGACCCGCAUUGACGAGUUUGUCGACUCCGGCCACACGUCGAAGUUCUUCGAUGAGUUUCGCAGGGUUGCUGCGGAGGGUGAUAAGUCGGAGCAGGUCAGGGAGUUCAAGAAGAAGUACAACAUUACUUCUUAG